AUGAGCAAUCAGUACCAAGAGGAGAGCUGCUCUGAGAGGCCUGAGUGCAAAAGUAAAUCUCCAACUUUGCUCUCCUCCUACUGCAUAGACAGCAUCCUGGGCAGGCGGAGUCCCUGUAAAAUGAGAUUGCUAGGAGCUGCUCAGAGCCUGCCUUCUCUGUCCAACCGGACAGAUCAGGAUAAGGUCGCGCAAGGCUCCCCGAAGGGCAGUAGUCCUCCGUUCGAAGCAGAACUUCACCUGCCCCCCAAGCUGAGGCGCCUCUACGGUCCGGGAGGGGGCCGCCUUCUGCAGGGAGCGGCGGCGGCGGCAGCGGCGGCGGCGGCGGCGGCAGCUGCUGCGGCAGCCGCGGCGGGCCCGCGCGGGGAACCCCCACAGCAGAGGUCUGGAGACAGGCCCGACGGGGCCGGGGCCGGAGCCGGAACCGGGGUUGGGGCCACCUCCGCCUGGGACACGCUCAAAAUCAGCCAAGCGCCACAGGUCAGCAUCAGCCGCAGCAAGUCGUACAGGGAGAACGGGGCCCCCUUCGUGCCACCACCGCCCGCUCUAGACGAGCUGGGGAGCAAGGGAGGCGCUCCGCACCCCGACGACAGGCUGGGCCAAGUAGCUUCGGCCGCCGCCGCCUCCUCCGGUCCCCCAGGUCCGGAGGACGACGAGGAGGAACUGCUGGAGGACGAGGAGGAGGACGAUGAAGAAGAAGAGUUGCUGGAGGACGACGAGGAGGAGCUCCUGGAGGACGACGGCAGGGGCCUCCUGAAGGAGCCUAGGCGCUGCACCGCCGCCACCGCCGCUGCCGCAGCGGCCGCAGCCGCCGCCGCUGCCGCUGCAGCAGCCGCCGCGGAGGGCGGGGAGCUGUCCCCCAAGGAGGAGCUGCUGCUGCACCCUGGCGAGGACGGCGAGGGCAAGGACGGCGAGGACAGUGUGUGCCUGUCUGCCGGCAGUGACUCCGAGGAGGGCCUGCUCAAGAGGAAGCAGCGGCGUUACCGCACUACCUUCACCAGUUAUCAACUGGAGGAACUGGAGCGAGCUUUCCAAAAAACCCACUACCCCGACGUUUUCACCAGGGAAGAGUUGGCCAUGAGACUCGAUCUGACAGAAGCCCGAGUCCAGGUCUGGUUCCAGAACCGACGGGCCAAGUGGAGAAAAAGGGAGAAAGCUGGGGCUCAGACUCACCCUCCAGGUUUGCCUUUUCCUGGUCCUCUCUCAGCAACCCACCCCCUCAGUCCAUACCUGGAUGCCAGUCCUUUCCCUCCUCAUCACCCAGCUCUGGACUCAGCCUGGACUGCUGCUGCAGCUGCAGCUGCUGCUGCCUUUCCCAGUCUACCUCCUCCACCUGGUUCUGCAACUUUGCCACCAAGUGGGACUCCACUAGGCCUCAGCACUUUCCUGGGUGCAGCAGUAUUCCGGCAUCCAGCCUUCAUCAGCCCUGCAUUUGGAAGGCUCUUUUCCACGAUGGCUCCUCUGACUAGUGCUUCCACCGCUGCCGCCCUACUGAGGCAGCCCACUCCCGCGGUGGACAGCGGGGUGCAGUCAAGUGCGCUCUCAGACCCCGCCACAGCUGCCGCAGACAGACGGGCUUCAAGCAUAGCAGCUCUGAGGCUGAAAGCAAAAGAACACGCCGCUCAGCUGACACAGCUCAAUAUCCUCCCUGGGAACAGCACAGGGAAAGAGGUGUGUUAA